AUGGACAACAGACCUGGCGUGCACCGGACGCCCUCGCCGGGCCACCCACUGCAACACGGAUACCAAUUGGACGAUGUCCCGUACGGCCAACAUCCGCCGCCGCCGCCGCCGCCGAGCGGCCUUGAUGUCCCGGGGCGCCAGGGUGCCUAUACACCGAGCGACAUACUUCCCCUCAACGCCGCUCACAGUAUAGACAACCUGUCGCAAAGCCACUAUGGCGGCCACGCCCCGGGCUAUGGCGGUUCCGAAUACGCGGUCAACCCCGAGCAACAUCAUGAUGCCUACUACAAUCAGCCAUAUGAGCCCGCUCAGGGGACACCAUAUCAGGAGUAUCAGAGCUACGACCUUGAAGAUUCGCGGCCAAUGCUCGCUCAGAACGAUUCCUACGCUGCGGGCGGCCAGCCAGAGCUAUACCAAGACGAACCCCGGCAACAACAGCAGCAACAACAACAAGGUGGUGGCGCUCCUAUCAAGAGAUGGAAGACGGUCAAGCAGGUCCUUCUGUACCGAGGAAACCUGGUUCUCGAUUGUCCAAUCCCACCGAGACUGCUCAACCAGUUACCCCACGGCGAACGAGACGAGUUUACCCACAUGCGGUACACUGCCGCCACUUGCGACCCCAACGACUUUUACGAUGAGAAUUUUACGUUGCGCCAGAAGCUCUUCAGCAAGCCGCGCCACACAGAACUGUUCAUCGUCGUCACCAUGUACAACGAGGACGACAUAUUAUUCGCCCGUAGUAUGGCUGGCGUGUUGAAAAACGUUGAGUAUAUGUGCGGCCGAAAGGAAAGCAAAACCUGGGGACCCGAUGCGUGGAAGAAGAUUGUUGUUUGCGUGGUUAGCGACGGCCGAGCCAAAAUUAAUCCCCGAACCCGCGCCCUCCUUGCUGGUAUGGGUGUCUACCAGGAGGGUAUUGCCAAGCAGCAAGUCAACGGCAAGGAUGUGACGGCCCAUAUUUACGAAUACACAACGCAGGUGGGCAUGGUCAUAAAGAACGAUGUCGUCCAGCUGGUCCCCAAGAAGCAGCCAGUGCAAAUGCUAUUCUGCCUGAAGGAGAAGAACCAAAAGAAGAUCAACUCGCACAGGUGGUUCUUUCAAGCCUUCGGCCGUGUGCUGAACCCCAACAUUUGUGUGCUGAUUGAUGCUGGUACCAAGCCGGGAGGCAACUCCAUCUACCAUCUGUGGAAGGCGUUUGACCUUGAGCCUAUGUGCGGAGGUGCGUGUGGUGAAAUCAAGGCCAUGUUGGGAACAGGCGGCAAGCAUCUGCUCAACCCUCUGGUUGCUACUCAAAACUUCGAGUACAAGAUGAGCAAUAUUCUCGAUAAGCCGCUCGAGUCCGCGUUUGGCUUUAUUUCAGUCUUGCCCGGUGCCUUUUCGGCCUACCGAUACGUCGCCCUCCAGAACGACAAGAAUGGCCUAGGCCCAUUGGAGAAGUACUUCAAGGGCGAGACGCUGCAUGGCGCCGGCGCUGGUGUUUUCACUGCCAACAUGUACCUCGCCGAAGAUCGUAUCCUUUGUUUCGAACUCGUCACGAAGCGCAACUGCCAUUGGAUCCUGCAAUACGUCAAGUCGGCGACUGGAGAAACAGAUGUGCCCGACAGCGUCACAGAACUGAUUCUGCAACGCCGUCGUUGGCUCAACGGCUCUUUUUUCGCUGCCAUCUACGCUAUUGCUCACUUCUAUGAGUUCUUCCGGUCGGACCAUUCGAUUCUGCGCAAACUGGCCUUCUUCAUUGAGUUCGUGUUCAACACAAUUAACAUGGUCUUUGCUUGGUUCGGUAUAGGCAACUUCUUCCUGGUUUUCAAGAUCUUGACGACAAGUUUGGGCACGGACGACUUGCUGGGCACUGUCGGUACCAUCUUGGGCGUGGUGUUCACUUGGUUCUAUGGUAUCUCUUUGAUGUCGUGUUUCGUCCUUUCCAUGGGUAACCGUCCGUCGGGGUCCGGGAAACUGUAUACCGCAAUGGUUAUCUUCUGGUGUGUGAUCAUGAUAUACCUCACCUUCGCCGCGGUCUUCAUCGCGGUCAAGGCUGUUCAGACCGAAGUCGCGGACGGAUUUGUUUUGAGUGAUCUUAUUACGAACAAGAUUUUCUUCUCGCUGAUCGUGUCCAUGCUGUCAACAUGGGGCAUGUGGUUGAUUGCUUCAAUCAUCAUGUUCGACCCUUGGCACAUGCUUACGUCCUUCAUACAAUAUCUACUUCUCACGCCCACUUUCAUCAACGUUCUCAACGUGUACGCCUUCUGCAACACGCACGAUAUCUCUUGGGGUACCAAGGGUGACGACAAGCCCGAUGUACUCCCGACGGUCGACACCAAGGACGGAAAGGGUAAGACCGAUCUGCCUGACGAGGGUGACCUGAACGCGUCAUACGAGCGUGAGCUAGCGGUCUUCAGCAAGAAGCACGUUGAGAUCAAGAAGCCUCCCACGGAUUCCGACAAGGCCGAGGCUCAACAGGAUUACUAUCGCUGGAUUCGGUCACUGGUCGUUCUCAUUUGGAUGAUCACCAACUUUGGUCUUGUCGCUCUCGUUCUUAGUACCGCAGGUUUGGAACGCCUUAACCCGGACUCGGCUGCUGCCGCCGAGGACGAACGUGCGAACUUGUACAUGACGAUCAUUCUCUGGACCGUCGCGGGCCUCAGUGCCUUCAAAUUCAUCGGUGCUAUGUGGUUCUUGAUCGUGCGCAUGUUCAGGGGUGUAUAA